GUGAGUUCUACAGUCAUCAGAGAGAGAGACUCAGUUCGGCUGAGCUGUCAGACUCCCCCAUCUGGCUCUGUGUCUCAGUGUUACUUCUACACAGAGGGGAUAGAUCCUAAACCCUCACCCUGUACGCGAUCACUCACGGGGACUGAGCUGCUCUCAUGGGCAGGUCAAAGUUCAUCAGCUGAGAUCAUACUGAGAUGUUUUUACACUGUAGAAUCUCACUAUCCAUCGAUGCACAGUGGUUCAGUCUCUGUUACUAUUCUUGAUCCAAAACCAGACAUUACAGUCAAUAUUUAUGAGGACUUCAACAUCAUCUGUUUGAUUCCUGGAUCCGUCAGUCCUGACACCACCUGUAACCUGUAUGUUGGAGAGGAGAGUCAGCCAUCCUUCACAGCAAAGAUCAUGAAGAGAAAAGCCAUCUCAGCAUCCGGACAGCAGUUCUGUCAAUUCACUCCAAAACAUAGUGAUCUGAUCAGUCGUUUACAGUCAGUGAGGCGUAAGGAGGUGAGCUGUGACUACAGAUUGAGCUCAGGACCAAACUCUCUCUCUCCACGCAGUGAUGGGCACAGCUUUACAGAUCUGGUGGGAGUUCACAUCAGUGAUCCAACAACUAUACAGACACCUUCUAUAGCAGUGGGUUUGACUCCAGGUCCUGGGUCUUCUUUGCCUCCCAGCACAACAAUGAGUCCUACAGAAGUUUUGACUGUUACUUCUACUUCGACCCGAGACACCACAGUGACACCAACUACCAGUUUGUCCUCUCCUUUGACCCCCAGCACGGCAGUGAAUCCUACAUCAGGAGGUCAAAGCUCCACAGAAAGCGUUCUGGUUUCGACUGUUACUUCUACUUUGACCCCUGACAUCACAAUGAGACCAACUAGUUUGACCUCUCCUUUGGCCCCCAGCACAGCAGUGAAUCCUACAUCAGGUGUGCUGGUCAUCUUUAGUUAGUUAAAAUAAGUCAAUUGUUUUCAGUUUAUCUUACCCAGGUCUUUGUAUUCUUUCCUCAUCACAAAUGUGCCUAAUUACUAGAAAAGAGGUUAAUAUUGAAUUGAUUAAAUCAUCCCAUUAAGAUACUUUAUUGUAUAACCAGAUCUAAUGACUUUGCUUUGCACCAGAUUUGACUGUUAAUCCUACUUUGACAACUGACACACCAAAGAG